GUCCUUUGCUCUGGGUCUCGUUCACCUUCCGCGAGGUGACACCCUGCCCCCCGGGAAGGCGUCCGGUAAAACGAGGCCGUCGGUUUCCGAAUGCUAGUGGUUGACAAUCCAAGACAUUUCUUAGGAACAAAUCUGAAAUGUCCUGUCGUUAGUGUCACCCAUGAGUUCGGCACUGAAGGGGGUAUGAGUUUUCCUAUUGUAAUAGUACCAUGGAAAAUCAACUGGCUAAAUCAACUGAGGAACGAACAUUUCAGUACCAGGAUUCUCUUCCAUCACUGCCUGUUCCUUCACUUGAAGAAUCAUUAAAAAAAUACCUUGAAUCAGUAGAGCCAUUUGCAAGUGAAGAAGAAUAUAAGAAAACUGAAGAAAUAGUUAAAAAAUUUAAAAAUGGAAUUGGAGGAAAAUUGCACCAGAAAUUACUUGAAAGGGCAAAAGGAAAAAGAAAUUGGCUGGAAGACUGGUGGCUGAAUGUGGCCUACCUGGACGUUCGAAUGCCGUCACAGCUGAACGUCAACUUUGCUGGUCCUUCGGCCCAUUUUGAACACUACUGGCCUCCAAAAGAAGGUGCACAGUUAGAAAGAGGAAGCAUAAUCCUUUGGCAUAACUUGAACUACUGGCAGCUGCUGAGACAAGAAAAAAUGCCUGUUCACAAAGUUGGAAGUACUCCUCUUGAUAUGAAUCAGUUCCGAAUGCUGUUUUCCACCUGCAAAGUUCCAGGAGUUACUAGAGACUCAAUUAUGAAUUAUUUUAGGACAGAGGGCGAGGGGCGAUCCCCCAGCCACAUCUCUGUCCUGUGCCGGGGCCGCGUGUUCGUCUUUGAGGCGCUGUGUGAAGGGUGUCUGCUCACCCCGCCAGAACUGCUCAGACAGCUGACGUACAUCUACGAGAAGUGCCACCAAGAGCCUCCUGGCCCUGGAGUCGCUGCGCUGACCACUGAGGAGAGGACGCGGUGGGCCAAUGCCCGGGAAUAUCUGAUCCGUCUUGAUCCGGAGAACUUGACUUCUUUGGAAAGAAUUCAGAGCAGUUUAUUCGUGUAUUCCUUGGAGGACAGCAGUGCUCAUGUCACCCCGGAGGAUUACUCACAGAUACUUGCCGUGGUCCUUACCGGAGAUCCCGCAGUGCGCUGGGGAGACAAAUCCUAUAACCUGAUUUCCUUUUCCAAUGGAGUCUUUGGCUGUAAUUGUGAUCAUGCGCCUUUCGAUGCCAUGGUCAUGGUGAACAUCGCCCACUACGUGGAUGAGAGGAUCAUAGAGACUGAAGGCAGAUGGACGGGAUCAGAAAAAGUGCGGGAUAUGCCACUUCCAGAGGAGCUCGUGUUUGCUGUGGAUGAGAAGAUACUAAGUGACAUCAAGCAAGCUAAAGCCCAGUUUCUUCAAGAGGCGUCUGAUCUGCAAAUCGUAGCACCUGCCUUCACCUCUUUCGGCAAGAAGCUGACCAAGCAGCAGUCACUGCACCCUGACACAUUCAUCCAGCUCGCGCUGCAGCUGGCCUAUUACAGACUCCAUGGACGCCCUGGCUGCUGCUACGAGACAGCGAUGACGAGAUACUUCUAUCACGGCCGCACAGAGACGAUGCGGCCGUGCACCAUGGAGGCCGUCAGGUGGUGCCAGGCCAUGCAAGACCCUUCUGCCAGCCUUUUUGAGCGGCAGCAAAAGAUGCUACAGGCUUUUGCAAAGCAUAACAAAAUGAUGAAAGAAUGUUCUUCUGGGAAAGGGUUUGACCGUCACCUUUUAGGUCUUUUGCUCACAGCAAAGGAGGAAGGUCUUCCGGUCCCAGAGCUCUUCACAGACCCACUUUUCUCCCGAAGUGGAGGCGGUGGGAAUUUUGUCCUCUCAACAAGUCUGGUUGGUUACUUAAGAAUCCAGGGAGUGGUGGUCCCCAUGGUGCGCAAUGGAUACGGCUUUUUCUACCACAUCAGAGAUGACAGAUGUUGUCAGCAGCAGCAGUGUUCCAGAACCAUCCUCGGCUCCCAUGUGUCUGUUGCAGUUAGUGCAGGUGGCUGUGCCAGCGGGUGGUGCUUUCCCAUAGUGCUCAGUGUGUUCCCAUUAAUAUGCAAAUACAAGAUCAGACACGGGCAGAGGAGCAGGGUGGUCCUGACCACUGAGAAGUGCUGUGGAGAAGCAAGCAGGCUGCCAUGUGACAGAGACCAGCUGGUAGGGUGUGGGCAGUGUGGUCCCCUGGGGCCAAGGGCAGGCCCUGGGAGUGGGGCAGCAGUGGACCUCAGAGGGAGAGGAGCUAAUCCCACAGAGCGCAAGGCAGCUCUGGUUGCUGCUUCCUGUUAGCUGCUACCGCUGAGCCGAGUCAGCCCCCGUCCCUCUUCGGUCUCACAGCAGGCUCUUGCCCGCCACACCUCUGUACAGAAGUCCUGCUGAGCCUUCUGAAGACAAGUCAGGGGGUGUUGCUCUUCACUCUUCAGAGACCCCUCAGUGGCUAAAUGAAGUCUUCCUGGGAGACCCCACAGCUCGAGCUCGGCUCCAUUUCCGACUUUCUCCUUCAACUUGGCCUUUCCCUCUGCUCCAGCCUCACUAGAGUCUUGGGCCUUGAGUGUUGUGAGCAAGCCCCUCAGCUGGUCUUCUGGAGACACUUGCAGGGGCCACCACCUUACCUCAUGCAGGAGUCUGUUCUGGCAUUGCCCAUCUGAGAGGCACUCUGUGAUCCUUUGGGACAGCAUUUCUCUUCCUCCCCUGUGCCCUAUGCCUUUUUUUAUAGCACUGAUAACUGUCCUGUGUGAGUCUGUGUGUAUGUAUACAUGUAUGCAUGCAUGUUCAGUGCAUUACCUGUCUUCCUUCCCUUGGAUACAGGUAAACCACAUAGGAACCAUGUCUGUUAUAUCCCAACUACAUAACAACCUGUACCUGUAUUGUACCCAGUAAAUGUUUUCAGAAUAACUUUGUCAACAAAACCGUGCAGGUCGUAGGAUAGCUAAGGCAUUGGCACACGCGAGGCAGAGGGGCAGGCGAGCUGUCCUUGGCAGUCGAGGCCCAGUGAUGGAGGAGUUCGGAGAGAGCCUGUGUUGUCAGCCCCAGGUGCACAUCAGAACCAUCUGGAGAGCUUAGAAGAAAACAACAAAAACACCCUGGAGACACUGUUGUGGGUGGCGUGGUAAAAUCUGAGUAGAACCUUGUGACACGAUAGGGAGUUUUGGGUUUUCUACUAGGAAUACUGGCAAGUAUUUGGCACAUUUUAAGCCCAGAAGUGACUUGUUUUACUUAUAUGUAAGAGGAUCCUGGGCUGCUCCCUGGGAGUACAUUGGCUGGGCAGUGUUGUGGUUAGACAAGGGAAGUGAGGAGGUGUCUCAGUAGUGUCCAUUUGCUAUUAAUACACAGAUGCUGUAAUUUGUAAGGGAAGAGGCUGGUUUGGGCUUUUGGAUCAGGCCACCCAUUUGGCAAUGACUUGCGGCACAGCAAGUGGGCAAAGAGGAAAACAGCAGAGGGGCAGCCUCUGAGUGUCAUACCUACCCUGCUCUGUAGCCUUUGGUCCUGGAGGGCGGCUCCUGGCAUCUGGUCUUUCUUCAAGGCCCCACCCCUCUUGGACACCUGGGAUCUUGAGGGCAGUUUGCCUUCAGCUGAGCUGAUAUCUCUGGCAGGGGUGCUGAUAGGU